UUGAAAAAGCGGGAGUGUGGAAGAAAGAUGUCGUUUACCGUCGUCUACAAUACAUCUUCCUUGUGCAUGCUUGCAGUCUUGCCCGUACGUAUGCGAAUGCGACUGUAAUAUCUGGUAAAAUGAACAUGGAUUGAAAAUGAUCCAACUUAAUUGCACACAGUGAAGUUUUGUUAUGUACUUUUACAAGAUACAAUGUGUAAUUUUAAAAAUUUUGCCUUGAAAUUUCGUGUUGCUCAUCAUAGGGCCUACAACAUUAAGACAAUCUAGUUUGAGGAUCUGAUUAUCUUUGGAGGCCUAGGUUCAUUUAAAGAUGGCAAUUUUCCUUUCAAAGGUCGGAUUGAGAGGAAUCAAGCAUGUCUUGGUUUGAGAAGCAAAUUUUCUGCAGAAGACAGGAAACAAGACUAGUUCAUUAUAUCCCAUUCCUGAAAAUGUAACUUACUCUCUUUCGACUGACAACAAACAGAAAAUCCUUCGUGAAAGAUAAAUUGGUCACUGUUAGGACUUGUUUGCUAGUUAAAGACAAUUCCACCACCUUUUAAAUGAGCCAGAAACUCAACAUUACUAUUGACUUUGUUGAAGUAUAAUUGAAACGCGUCAUCACUGAAAGCACUAAGCAACAUGUAUUGAAAUGGUUAACGUUUCAUGUGCUUAUCCGCAUCCGAUAAUCCGUCUAUCUAUGCCCGUCCUAAUUGUAAGGGGCGUGCCUCCAUGUUGUUGGAUGGACCACCCCUUCCCCUUAGACGAAAGGAUUUGUUAAGAAGAUAUUUAUAUUUGGCAUAUAGCUAUAUCCAUCCCUUAGUAGAAGCCGGCCGCGCCAACUGAAUCAGUUUAAAAUAAAAUGAUCGACUACACGAUUGAUCAUCUUGGCGAACUGUAAUAUGAAGAUGGAGGUAUAUUGACGGCGAUAUUGACAGCGAUUUACUGCUCUUCCUUCGAUUGGCAUAUGUCAUUUGUCUUGUCAUUUCGUCCCGAGAGGUCUCUUCCCUUCUAUGGUACGCAGAACAAUGUUUUGUUAAGGCAUCCGACUGGUCGAUGCAAUCCAUUCCUUCAGCCUGUAGGAUUUUCCGAAGAUACAAUAAAUCACUAUAUUGAUGGAAUAAAACCUCAGCGAUUUUGAAACUCAGAAAAAACACGAAGCCUAGCAGCAACGGUUAUAAUGAUUCUACUUCCGUUAUUUUUUGUGUAUAAUUGAAGAAUUGAUGAUUUUUAGUCUUUAUUUUUUCUUUAUAGAAAGCUGUUUGUCAUUGACUGCCUUCAGUCAAAUUUGCAUUGUUGAUAUUGUUAUGUUAUUAAAUCUACUGGACAUUCACACAAGAAAGUUAAAGAUAAAGCGCAUACUGAUGUUUUGUUGAUUCCAGAUAAAGUUAACAACGACCCUGUUUAUCAUCAGCUCAACGGAAGACACAUUUAUCUGUUGGAAUUGCCAUCGAUCAUAAUGAAACUUCGUACAAUUUGACGGCCUCAAGUUCGUCCCAAAUGCAAACUAACCCGACAUACACAGGAUGAAUCGGUUGCUCCUUGAUUGGGUAAGUUUUAUUUUCAUAAUAUUCAAUUUGUUAGUUGCCAACGCGUGAGUUUCAGAACCUUUUGUAGCGCUAUUCGAUAAAAGUUAUGAUUGAAUUUAGUGCGGAACGUUAUUUACUUCGAAUCAGUUUAGAAUAGUAGUUGCACAGUCACGGUUUCGUUCGCCCCGGUGUUGUUCGCUGCAAUACCGGCUACAAAUUCAUUGCCUGGAAUGUGUUAUUGGGCAUCGCUUGCGUCGUUCUCCACUUAAGAUAUCCUAAAAUACCCAAUGCUGCCGUUCAAAAUUAUGUAGCGAGAUACCGUCGUCUGGCAUACACCAGCGACGCAUUUGUUCAGUCCACCCUUCAACCAGAAGUAAGUCUUUUAAUCGAUGGAUUUAUAUGAUUUCACCUUUUACAUAACACGAGAAAAUUACUUUUCGUAAGAAAUCAUGUUGGUGCUGCUUAUUUCUUUAAUAUCUUUUCAAUUGGGAAUUAUUAGACUUGGGAAUGGAAAGUGGUUGAUCUUUGGGCUUUACAAAAUAUUCAAAUUCUGGCAAUCUUUUCCUACUUCCCAACUCCAUUGUACAACGUUGAGUGUACUCUUGUUAUAUUAGACUACAUACUUGCUUUAUUCUUCUUCAUUAUAAGAAAAAAAACUGACCUUUCUUAUCAACAUGAAUUGAAGAUUUAUAGGGCGAACGAAGUAGCUACAACAGAUGAUGGUCGCCAUUGGGCUACUGUAGAGUGUAGGAAGUUCGACCAUUGAUUUUUCGCAAAGGUUAUAUCAUCUUCCAUGUCGGUAUAUGGGGGAUUCAACUGAAAUAACCCUAUUAUUUUUUCGUUGCGUACAACACGUUGCUAUGGUAACCUUAAUAUUUAUUUUCAAAUGCGCCAAAUAAUGUUCGAGCUUAACCCUACCGUAUAAAAUGUUUCAAAUCUAAGCUGAAAGCAUCUGUAACUAAUUGAUGAUAGGUUUAAUCAUAUAGUGGGUCAUGUCAACUGUCAUAAUAAAAUCGUGGGAGGCUGAAUGGACUCUGUAAGUGAUGAUAUCGUUGCGCAUGCGAAGUGAAAUUUCUGCUGAAGCCACCGCACACAAUGUACACUGCCAGAUGGUGAAUCCUCGCCAUUCUGUCGUGUUCCCUACGCCAGAAUGGACGAAGAAGAAGAACAAACAGCUCUUGUCAACAUAACGUUGAGUAAAUAUGAUUUCUCAGUCAUGGAGCAGAACAUCACUGCAGCCCAAACUUUAUUUCGAACGUCGGUCAUCUGUGUUGGGAUCCUGUUGAAUUGUGUCGUCCUCUCUGUGGUGACUUUUUCGCGUCAGCUUCACUAUCCCCGCCACAUUUUUUGGGCUGCCAUUUCAAUUUUCGAAUGUCUUUUCUUAGUUGAUAACGCGUUUGAAUUGGUGACAGUGCACAAACACGAUUACCUGGCCUGUCGGUUCGUAGUUCUUUUUUAUCCAGUCGACUAUUCGAUCCUUUUGAUCUGCAUGUCGCUGGCCGCAUUGGAUCGCUACUUGUCCAUCGUUCGCUACGAAUGGUAUCAGGCGAACGCCACUAAUCGAGGUGCCAUCGUGUCCAUCACAAUUGCAGUUGGGAUAACAUUCGUCGUUUUUACAAGUCCAUUUUGGACGGGCUACAAAUCACUUAGCACCUGCACCACCAGUAUGAUUCACAGCCUUUGGGUCUACUCAUGGAAUUUGUUCUUGGGUAUCGUUUGCCUCGUUCUCCACUUAAAGAUCUUCACUGAAACUAAAACUCUGAUUCGUCAUUAUGUACCCAAAUACCGUCGUAAGCCUGUAACGGUCAAGUUUGAGAAUAAAUCCUUCAUCCGACAGUCCAGUAACAUCAGCUCCGAUGCCAGACUUGAGCCGAAGUUAACAGGUGAACAAGUUCUGAAAACCGUUUCCGAAAAUCCUUCAGGUGUUAGAGAAGGAAAUCCAUCUAUCAUUUCUCAAGAUCCUGAAAUAAUUCUGCCGGCCGUCGUCCAUCAUCGGAUGGACACUGAUGAACGGGUUCCUCAUCUGCCUUCACAGUCCAUCAACAAUCUAGGCGACUCCGAAUGGUUUUCCUGGAAGCCUGGACGCUUGAAAAUCAGCCGACUCGAAGUUCAAGCCGCCCUCAACUUGUCCGUCAACAUUCUGCCGUUUUGGCUGUGCACCUUUCCUGUGGCUUUUAAUACCAUUGUCCUUUACUGGUGCAUCCGGCUGGAUGUUAACCUUGACACCAUUGUGGUAACGUGGAAUUUUUUUUGGGACAUCUUCAUGCUCCAUAGUAUUUAUAAUCCAAUCAUGUACAUGGUCACCUUUUCGGAAUUCCGGCGUGCUUUUCGUCACAUCACAAAGAAUUUGUCAAACAAAUUUCGUUUUGCCUAACUAAAGUAAUUUUUUAAUUUAUUCUUCUCUCGUGUCCGUUAAUUGUUAUUGACCGCUCAAGUGUUUUGUGCUCCUGGUGUUGCUGAAUUAAAUAUUCCACACGAUCCUGACCUAUUGUCGUCCCCGGCUGUUAUUACAUACGUACGUUUUACUGCUUUUAGGUAAGGUAUUCAAUUAAUUUAUUUCUAUUUAUUUCUCCCGUCUUCUGAGAUUCGAAAGAACUUGGAGAAAUUAGAGAUUAAUUGUGGGAACAAUAUCUGAAUGUUUGCCAUGUCCGCACCAUUGCUCAUGUAACUCCUUUUUCUCUGUUAACAUAACUUUCAUCUUCUUUAAGAUGUUUUCCUCUUUUUCUGUCUCCCUUGCACAAAGUAUUUAUGGUAAAUAACGGAUUACUUGUUACGCCAUACGAUGUGCACGCUCCUAAAUCUAUACUAUAAGGAAGAGCUUAACUGACCUGUCUUAUUUAAACUUGUUGAAUAUAAGACGAAACAAAGCA